AUGGCCAGCCCACAAGGAGCUGGCACGCACUUUGCUCUUCCACCCACACCGAAACCUGCGAGUAUGCCUUCCACGGCAGGCGGCGCUGCUGGCGCCAUCAAGACCGACCAAUUGAUGCCUCAAAAUGUCGCUAACCAGAAUCCUGUUCCAAACGAAGACCAGCCGUUCCGAUUCAUGGACUUACCGCGCGAGAUGCGCGACAACGUCUAUGUGCACCUCAAAAAAGAUUCGAAGAUUUGCCGUAAGGACGCGAUAGAGCUAUUCCUUGAGGCUGGACCACGCCUGACCCUCCUUCUGGUCAACCAUCAGUUCAGCAAGGAAUAUCUGGAGUCCGUCGUCCGAGAUGCGAAGCUUGUUGGGACGGAUUGCGAGGACCCAGAGGCUGAUGUGGAAUCCAUUGUCCCGUUCAAGAUAGACGCGGCCCAGCACGCAGAAUUCAAACUCGCCAGAGUGGCCACCUUACACUCGAUAGCUCUUUGCAAUCAGACUUGCCAUCAGACUGCAGUCCACAACAAGUGCAACGCUAAGCUUGAGCUCGAAAACCAUGUGUCGUGGAUUUCGAGCUUGACUGUGGGCCUGUCGCAGCUAAAACACAUUGAAGUUGUGAUCAUGGUGUGUAUGGCGGACGAGAAUACUUUGCGGAAGGAUGCAGAUGUAGAGUCCAUUACGGAAGAGUGGCCGGUGGAUGUGCGUGGACACAGUCUUGCGGCAGUCUUGCAGGAGUGUACGCCUAAACUCCAAAAUGCGGCAACCACAAUCAAGGUCUAUUGCCGGAGCAUGAAUUCGCGAGAAUAUGGAGAAAUUACAUGGGCCGAGCUCGAUGUGGCUAAGGCGUACUGCACCUGGACCAGUGCAGAUGGCUGGACCGCGGGCGUGGGAAAAGGGCAGGGAGAUGAAAAAGACGGAGAAACUGCUUGA